CGGAGCUCCGCGGAGCGUAAAAACAGUUCAUAGCACUAACUACGGCAAGAAAAUUUAUUAGGCUCAAACUAUAUAUCUGUGCUGUUUGUGACGCCUACCCAUUUAGAACUGUUCUAUCCCAACGUCAGUUUUAACGUAUCUGCCUUCAGGGACUUGUUUCUUCGAGCGAUAUCCCAUUUUAACACGCGUAUCUUGAGGCACACAACAUCAGCCGUAGUUUUGACAUUGUAAGACCGGCAAGCUUCUCUCGGCCAUUCGAGAGUUGAAUGGCUUUUGAUCAGAGCAUUUCCUGGUUUCAGCAAAAGGUAAGAUUCUUCUUGAUGCAUGAACAGAAAAAGAAAAUUCUGAAGGGAAUUAUUAAGUUUCCUUUGUGUUAUUUACACUGCGCGCAAAUCUUAAAUUUUUCGGUUACUGUAUGCGAAAUAGAUUCAAUUUUGAAAUAUUUUCAAUCUUGGGUGAAGUACUCUCCAUUCUAUGCUUGAGUGUAAGCUUAUUUAUGUUGGAUUCUGAAACGAAAUAUUCUUUUUUUCUUUUCUAAACAGCUGAAUUCGGUCCAAGCAAUAAGUGUGUUAAUUUCAACUUUAUCUGAUUUGCAUAAAGCACUUGAGAAACUCUAAACGCGCGACGAAAAGCGCCGAUCGUUUCUCCGUGAUGUGUACUUGGCCAAUUUCACUGCUCCCUAUCGGAUAUUUUCCCUAAAUUUAAAUUCCAUUCCUUUUGGAUUCAAAAACUUCAUCGAGGUUAAGGAAUCGAGGUUUACCUUUAAAUCAAUAUUCAGGCUCAAAUCAAUUGGUUAAUAUUGAGCUAAGCUUCUGCAGUUUUAAACCUAAAAUUAUUUAAAUCGCCUCCCGCUUUGCCCCCUUUGAGUUUGGUUUUAUUUGCGACGGUAAAUGUCGGUCAAUGCGGUACGUAGUCAAUUUUUCAGCUGUGUUUAUUAUCUAAGAAUAUUGGACUGUGAGCAUCUCCACAUCCUGAUUGGUUAAAUUGUUUUGUCUAUGUUUCAAUCAUUGAUUUUCUUGGGGAAGACGUUCAUGCUAAUUUCUUGGUAAUAACUUUGUUCGUCGGGUGAAAAACUUUUUAAGUUAGCCAUAUUUUGAUGAGAUUUCAUUGGGAGAAAUUUUUAAAAAAUCUGAAUUUCGAAAGGGUUUUUUUUUAUGAAUAUUAUUUUGCUAAACUGGCAUCUGGAUGUUUGAUUACACAGAGAUUAGCAGCAAUUGUUUACCAAUACAGCCAGUGUGAAGGUAUUGGUUAAAUAAGAUUAAGUCUGAUGAAAGCUGUGGUUUUCUAAGUAACUGCAUAAUUAAAGUUGGUCACUGGAGACAGAAUGACACCAACCAUGCUGUUUAAGACAUCUGUGACUGUUACAAAUUUUUUAUUUGUUUACUCAUUUGUUUCCCGAGUUUGUCUCUCUGAUUCAAUGGCUGCUAUUAAUGUCUAGCAGAUUUUUUUCCAUUUCUAAAAAAAUUGGAAAUUUGGUCACCAAAUUUGAAUUAAUUUCUAUAUAAAAAAAAUUUUCUAUUCCAUAAAUUUGCCCACAAUAAAAUGUAAACACCAUUUUUUCAAAACCUCAAAGCAGAAUUUUAAAUCAUGUUCUUAGUUAAUUAAAAUUUGAGUUCAACCAAUUUCUGUAAGCCUGGUGAAUUUAGUAUUAUGACAAAACGCAACAUGGUGGAAAGGAUAAUUUUGCUACAUGUUAUAUCAGCACUGUAAUUUAUCCAUAUAACACUCAGAAUCAGAAUUAUUCAGUUGCCUUUUUUUUAGAUUUUAUAUUUUGAAGUUAAAACCCACCCACUAAGUGUUGCACAAUUCUAUCAGUUUCUUUAUAUCACAUGAUGCAUUUAAUCCUCCCUGACAGUUAUGAUGCAAAAUUUCACUUUUGCCCUUGUAGCUUUGCUUCUCAGCCAAAUAUUCAGCUUUUGAACAUCACACAAUAUUCCAGGGCUUGACAUUAUCGGCUGACAUACUGUGGCCUGAAGGUUUUAAUCAACUAUUCACAAUGAAAUUAAAAGAAGUAAAUUAGAUUAGAGUGCACAAUUUACUUGAGAUGUCAGUAACCUAAAGCUGAUGAAAUAUAAUGUAGGUAAACGCUCUUUGGGUAAUGUAAGUCUUUAAUGAAACAGUCAAGAAUAAUUGUUUGAAGUUUUUUUUAUUAGUGAUCAGCUCAUAAAAUGAUUUUAUUUACACAGAUACAGUUACAUGUUCAUGGGUUUUGACUCACACUUGCAUUUGAAAUUUUAUUUCCUCCUUAUCCAUCAAUAUUUCUGUUAAUGAUUCAAAUUAGGAUUGUCUUAGAUGAAAACAAAUCUUUUGUAGCCUCUGAUUUUACUGUACAAGGCUUUUAAAGCCUUCCUUUCCCAUUUUUGUUUUUCGUUUUUACUUGCUUGUUUUGAAGUAUGGUUUUCUAUGUAUUUUUAGCUCGGAAAAUAUGAUAAAGCUUCAUGGGAAAGAACAUUUGAAGUACAAGAGCAGGAGACGGUAAGUAAACCUGUUAACCUUUUCACUCCUAAUAUUUCAAUGAAAACUCUCCUUAUUGUCUUGGUUCAACUAACAAUCUACUAGUUCAUAUUUUUCACUAUUUUCAUCACCUGUUUGCUUGACAUUGUACUAAUAUUGUAAGGUGAAAUUCUGUGUUGGUCAGUCCUGGGCCCAGUUCAAAGGCUGUUGCAAUAGUCUAUGGUUAAAUGUUAAUCUGCAUUUUUUAAAAUUAUUUUUUCAAAAGCCUUUUUUGGAUCAUUUUCUCUGUUUGUCUCAGAGCAUCCAAUCAUCAUAUUGUAGACAAAAAGAACUGUAGUUCUUUUACAGCUUUUAGAACUGAAAUCAGAUUUCACUCUAACCAUGGGUUAUCUUUACCCAGCUUUGAACAAACAGGUGCUGGUAGUGGAAGGGUUGCUAACUUAAUCAAUCAAUAAUUAACUCAGCAGUGAUGGCUUCUUGUCUCACUCACUGAAGUAAGCUGACUAACCUUAAUUCAGGGUUAUCUAACAAGGCUAUUUAGGGCAAAAAUAAUUACCAUGAAAUUUUAACAUUUUUGCUCGGCUACUCUGCUUGACUUUUCCUGUCAUUCAUGGUUUUUCUUACCAACAGGGUACCUUUAUUCAUGUUCCUAAGAAGCCUGGUGGUUUAAAACCUGAAUUGAUAGAUGUUGAUUUAGUUAUUGGUAUGUACAUGUAUAUCAAGAGUGUCAAGUGUAGAAUUUAUCAUGAACGUUAUAAAUUUUGUCUUUUUACUUUUAGGUUUGUUAUUCUGUUUUGCCAUCACUUGUGUCUGAGCUUAAUUGGUUCUGAUCAAUAAAAUUUGUUGUUAGGGAGUGUACAAAUGUAAACAUGACUCCAUAAACAGACUUGAAUGAUAUAUAACUUCAGUAACUAGCAAAUCACUAUGGACAAGAGACAAUGAUGUAUUAUGAUUCACAAAUUAGGAAAAGGGAUGAAAAACUAAAGGGCCAAAAGAGAAGUGAAAAAUAAUCAAAUACAGAAAUGCAAUGAUGAGUAUUUACACUAAUAAUGGAAAAAAGAAGUAAACAAAAAAAUUACAAAUUCCUAGUCCUUCUACUCACAUUAAUUUUAUAAUACGACCCUGUGCAGCCAUGUACAUGCAUGGAGGGCUAUGCAUUGACUCAUUUACUAUAUUGAGUGGACAAAGAUGUCAUUAUUAAACUAUUAGCAUGUCACUGAACUUUUAUUCUUCACCAUUGCAAUAAUUGCUUAGGUUCAACAUUUCCCAAGACAAAGCCAGUUCAUAGUUGGUUUGCUGUCACACAGAAAGGAGUGUGUAGAGUUCUUCUGUUUCCAUUUUUCCGAUCAUGGUAAGGAAACCUUGAUAGCCGCUGAAAUUGAAAUUUUGUGCCUUCUGCCAUGUAGGACUCUGUGAAAUUUCACAGUUGCCACUGCUAUCUUCAUGUUGCUGUAGGACUCUUGUGAUCAAAAUAGCUAUUACAUGUUUAAUUUAAUAUAGUACUGUGGAAACUGUAUAAGGUCAUGUGAGCCUAUACAGGGGUUCCAAACCAAACUGGCUACCACCAGAGUUCUGCCAGCUACUUGAUGACAUGCUGUUGGUUACUCUGGUCAAAAUAAUUACCUUUUGGCAGCUUAAUGAACAUUUCUCAGUUACAUAAUUUUGCAGAGUCCAUUAUGCCACUAUGAAACAUUUUGAAAGCUUUGCUAUAAGGCAGUUAGUGAUAAAUUCAAACAUCAAUAUUGCUUGUAUUUGUUACCAAUAUUUGUUACAUUUGGUGCUUGUUGCCUAUUUCUACUGAUUGAAGGAAUUUCUUGUAAGUUAGAAGAAAUUUGUCAGUUUAACCCUUUAACUCCCAUGAGUGACCAAGACAGAAUUUCUCCUUAGAAUAUCAAUACAAUAUCAAACAGAUAAGUGAUGAGAAUAAGAGAAAAAUAUCAAUUUGGGGAUAAUUAGUUGAUCCAAUACUAAAUUCUCUGAACAAACAUCAUAUGAAUUGUAUGGUUGACAGUAAGGAGAAUUUCAAAUUUGAUCUGGGAGUCAAAAGGUUAACUCCUUACACCCUAACAUCAGUAUGCAUAUUCUCCAUACUGUUCUCUAUACAUUUCUAAGGAGCAGAUAAGGAGAAUCUACCUAAUAGUCAAGAGCUUCUUCAGUUGGUCUGAUCAUUUCCUUUAUUCUCAUGACCUUAAUGUUUAAUUCAGGAGUGACAAUGUAAGGAGAAAUUAGAUGCUAGUCACUCUUUGGGAUCAAAGGGUUUGUGGUAACUUGUUCUAGUAGUAGAGACUUCCUUUAACCCUUUAACUCCCAUGAGUGAUCAAGACAGAAUUUCUCCUUACAAUAUCAAUACAAUAUCAACCAGAUGAGCGAUGAGAAUAAAGAAAAAUAUCAAUUUAGGAAUAAUUAGUUGAUCCAAUACUAAAUUCUCGGAACGAACAUUAUAAGAAUUGUAUGGUUGACGGUAAGGAGAAUUUCAAAUUUGAUCUGGGAGUUAAAGGGUUAACAGGUCACAAAGAAUUAUGCAGAAAAGCAGAAAAGCCAUCCUUUGUUGGUGACAGCUGAGGAACUGAAAACUGCUUUGGAGGACAAGGAAAUGGAGGCACAUGUGCACAGCACUGGCACAAACUAGAGCUCCACCUUACUCAGUUAACCUUAAGAGACUGACUAGCAUCUAAUUUCUCCCUAUAAUAUUGCCCUUGAAUCAGAUAUUAAGGUCCCAAGAGUAAGGACAAGAAGCUCUUGAUUGUUAAAUAAAUUCUCCUUGUCAGCCCCUUAAGAAAUUUGAGAGCAACAUUAUGAAGAACAAGCAUACUAAUGUUAGGAUGUACAGGGUUCAUAACUGAACUGAUUUUGUUUUUGUUUUUAUAGGUGGACACAACAGUUAUCCCCUAAGCUAUGGUUCCUGUUUCUAUUUCUUUAUUUUUGUGAAGUUUUGGUGCUAUUUGUUUACUUAAGAAAAUGGGAAUCCCAUUGGAAGGUAUGUGGAUCAAGCACAGAGCUCAGAUAUACUAUUCAGAUAAAUUAUACUUCACAAUUUUGCCUUUAGAAAUUGUGAGCCAGAGGCAAGUGAUUUCCAAACUCCCAAUGUCCCGCAUGGGUUAUUAUGCUGGUAAACUGACGGAAAAUGCAGUCUAUUGCUUUAAUGAAGCUUGUGUUGCUUUGACUACCUCAUGACUGAGUCAUUUUUCCCUUUAGGUCGUCACUUGGUCAGAAGCAUGUGGACCAGCUCUGGUAAGAAGUUUUGCUUAAUUCAAUAACACCUAACUUAGCCUGAAUUAUGUUUUAAAUUGUUAGGUCUUAUUGCAUUUAGUACAGAUGGUUGGAGCAAAUUUAACUAUCCCAUCAGUGAUGGGAUUUUUAAACAUAAGGAAAAUUCUGUCAAAUUCAUUGCAUAUUUGUCAUUGUCAAAUCCUUAUAAAUCUUAAGGGGUUCAGGUUUAUUCUUGGAUCAUAAUUUAUCAAAGCAGUUCAAAUUUUAUUUUCCUUUGUUCUAGAUCAUUACAGUGAAUACAAGAAAAACUAGAACUAAAUUACACAGGCUUAAAAAAUUUUCUCAAUCCCCUAAAAAGUGAACCAAAGUAUACACAUUAACCCUGUCAUAGCCAGGCAUUCAGUUUAUAAAACAGAGCCAAUGACUAAACAGCACAAUAGUAAUAGUAGAACAAAAUAAAUGAACCAAACCUCCCUCAUUUUCUUCAAUCCUCUACCAUCAUUGGAUUGUUUGCCAUCACACUUCAUUUUACUCACUAAAUACUUGGAAUAGGCUAACCAAAAACCUUGACAGGGUCGUGCAAACUUCCAAAGAAAAAAAAAAGGUAUGUUUAAAUGAAGAAAAUAUCUUUUUUGUAGAUCAUGGUUUUGCUGGGUGUGCUCUACAUGUACAUGGUGUCAACUGACUAUUCAAGCUCAUCUCAAAGAAGGAAGGCUAAAAGUCUCAAUAGGAGGUAUGAAAAAAAUUUAGUUUUGAAGAAUAAUUGUUGUAGAAUCUCCCUCAUGGGACACUUCUGUGCAAGGGACACAAAUGCUGGAGUAGACCUUAUUAAAUAAAAGCUCCUGUGACCUUUGAAUCUGUUUCCUUCAUUAACCACUGAACACUUUAACUCCCCAGAUAUGAUUUAUUCAUUGUUAAUUCUCCCCUCUAGCUGGUACAUAUUUCCUUAUAAAUUAGUUUCAAGAACUUGGUGUUAGAUCAAGGUAAUAACCUCUACCUGAUUAGUUUGAGUAUUCUCAUUACCUGUUUGCAGAAUUAUGUCUGGAUAUUAUAAGGAGAAGUAACAUGUUAAUCACUUGUGCAGUUAAAAGGGUUAACCCCUAAGGGUCUCUCUCCUGGACCUUUGUGGAGAAGCUAAGAACUCCUGUUUUAAACAAAAUACAAAACCAAGUUAUUGGUAGUUACAUGUGUAUUUCAAUGGUCUCAAAAAUUGCUCAAAUGCAUUUAAAGUGUUAGGUUUAAAAAUGUUAUUUUCAAAGAAUUAAUUAUCCUUAAUGUAAUCUAGGAACAAUAUUUUUUUUGUCAAUAUUAGCAUAGUCAACUAGUGAUUUGCAUUAUCGGCUGGAGUCCUUGUUUUAAUUGCAUAAGAUUUUGACAUUUUUUUUCUAUCCAAGAUUCUUACUUGUCCUCACAUGAAGAUACUAAUGUUCAGUCAUUUGCAUAUAUUUGUUUACGAUAUUCAAAGUAAAGAAGUCAAUCCUUUCAUUCUUAGCAAUUUGCACUUCCCUACUUCCUCUGUCUUUUUGAUGUUUUCUAAAAGUAGUUAUUUAUAUUUACUUUAGACGAAGAGCUGCCAGACAGAAGAGAAAGAGCAGCACACAAGAAAAUGGAAUGGCACAUGAUAGCAUUGUUACAAAUGGAAUACGACAGAGGAAGUCCACAAACUUGUCACCUGGUAUAUAACAGUAUACAUUAUUUUGUGAAAUCUUUUUGCUUUGUUUUUAUUUUGUGCUCUUCUCAGUUAAAAGUCAUACUGUCCCAUAAAAAGUUGUGGAAAAUGGACAGAAUUUGUCAACUUUCUAAAACUAAGCUUAAUUGCUGAUUAAAAUAUCUUUCAGCCAGUCAGAUUCCUUGUAAAAGUUUCUCCUAGUCAAAAUUUAUCACAGGAGUUUUAGAACUCUCUUUACCCUGAUCACUCAGAUUGCUGCUGUAUAGUACACAUUGCAUCUACAGCUUCUUUCAUACACUCGGAUUUGUACUGGCAAGGGAAAAAGAGCCUGCAAAUGGUGACAAUUUUUUUUUUUAAACAAGGGGACAUGUUACCAGACAGACUAAUUUUGAAUAUUUCAUUUGUUCCCAGACUUUAACGUCAAGGAUAACAUAGAAACUGUGGAGAAUUCAAAUCAUUACAAUUCAAAAGACAAUGACAAUGAUAAAACAGAAGAAGAACUGAGUGAAAGUGGAGAAACAACCUCGUCAACCACAGAAAGUGAUGUGUCUGAUGUUGAAAUGGACAGUAAUAGUGAGGAUCCCUUUGCUUGGGAUAAACAGGUGUGUAGAAAUUUUAGUGAUACAAUUUUUGUUGGAAUUACUUUAUUUUUUCAGCAAGAAAGUUCUUUCUUGGAAGUCCCUUCAGCUUGAGUCUAAAAAUGCAAACUGUGUUUCAGAAAUACUUGACUUUCAUUAAACAAGAUAUCCCUUCGUUGAAAUGUCUAAUCAGCUAGAUUCAAGGGUUAUAGCCCCUUGUAAAAAUUUAGUUUAACAUAGUGAUUAAAGAUCUGUGUUCAGUUCAUGGACACUGUGGGCCCAGUUCCUAAAAUUGGACUAUUCUUGCAAAGCUGCAAUGUAUUUUAACACUCUUUAAUAGCUAUUUAUCAAAGUGGGGAUGGCUAGUGGAGGAAAUAUACCAUGCUGCAAAACAUCAAGGUAUUAUUCACCGCUAGCCACCAAUACUGAGGGGAUAAGUUUUUUUUUAAUAUGUACCAAAACAGUGAGAUAAUAUAACAUGAAAAGAUGAUCGUAACCCAUUUAUUCCUGCAAUGAUUACAACAGUGUUGUUGUUGCUUGGAGGUGAAUUACAAAGGAUACUUGGAGUUUGAGUAGCCAAUCAGAGGGUGCCUUUAACACUACCAAUGGUUUUAGUAUAAUUAUGCUAAUAAAUGAUAUACUAAUGUAUAUUAUAUACAUCAAAGGGUAAUGGAUCUCCAGGAAUGCAAACCAGCCCAACACCCCCACCCACUGCAGAGAAGGGUAAGUACACAUACAUCUUUUCUUAUACUGUAGCCAGUAGAGCAAUUUUUUUGAAGGGAAAAGGAAUUAAGAGAUGAAAGAAUCCAACAGAAGUGAUAAGAACUCAAUGUUAAAAUAACCUCACUUCCUGAAAGACAGACAUAUUGAAUAUUUGGCAUCUUCAUCAACCUUUCCUUUCCUGUUACUACAGUGCCACUCAAAACUAAGUCGACAGUCUUGACUUGAAACUCAAUCCUUGGUACUCAAAACUAUCAAGAAUCAAGGAUAAUAAUCCAUAUCACACAGAAAUAUGCCUACAAAGUCUUUGUAGUCUUGUCCUUGUGACUUAGUUGCUGUUUUCAUGAUAACCUCAUAUAUUUACUACCACAUUGUAUAUCUUUACUGUACGUACAUGUACUUGUACAUGUGGUAAACAAUUUAAUAUGUAUACUAACCAUUAACACGUUAAGAGUGACUAUAAUCUAAUUUCUCCUUACAAAAUCACACCUGAAUCACACAUAUUAAGGUCACAAGAAUUAAGAACUGAUCACCAACUUAAGAUGCUCCUGAUUGUUAAACAAAUUCUCCUUGUCAGCAGCUUAGGAAAUGUAUAGGACAGUAUGGAGAAUGUACAUGCUGAUGUUAGGGUUUGGAGUGUUAAUCUUGUCAUUUUUUUGCUAGUUAUGGUUUCUAUUUGGGAAGGAAAUCAAUGCAAAAAAGCCCAGUUGACACUCAUGGAGAUUAGUGCUGCUAUUGCCAACAAAGUGGUAAGUCACGUUUUUUUCUUUUUUUACAUUUUAGUUGUUUCAUUUCGUAUCAUGUGUAGACAGCGGUUAUACUUCUUGAUUUGCUACGAAAUCCUAGCCAUUGAUUGCCCCUCUUCCCCGUUUAUUUAGAACUGAUCUGUCGUGAUUAACCCUUCAACUCCCAGAAGUGAUUAAUAAGUAAAUUCCCCUUACAAUAUCCAUGAACUAUCCAGCAAACAGGUAACGAGAAUACUCAAAUGUAUCAGGUGAAAGUUGUUAUCUUGAUCUAACACCAAAUUCUUGUAACUAAUUUACAAGGAAAUGUUUAGCAGCUGGAGGGGAGAGUUAACAAUCAGAUCUUGGGAGUUAAAGGGUUAAAUGAGGAAAUAUUUGGGUCAAUCUCUUCCAAACAUCUUUAGAUAUGGCUGGUUAUUACAGUGUACGAUUUGUAUUUUCCAAUUACUGUUGGCUGUGCAUUUAUGUUGUUAUGGGGUGGUUUGGAGCGUAACGUCUGUAUGGUGCUGCAGCAGAAUCCGGCAUCCUGGUCAUUAAAAGAUUUUAUUGAAAAUUUAAAUUGUACUUUUAUUUUUUUCUCCUUUGUAGGACUCUCAUAAAAGCCACACGGGUUAUGUGCAGUUUUCUGUUGUUGUCUCUAUGACCCUUGCAUUUAUUCCUCUUCUUUUCCGUCUCUACAACACAACAGUGAGUCUGCUAUCAUGAAUUGUUACAGUAAAGUUAUAGUUCAGUGUUACUUUGUCCACUUGGUUUACGGUACCUUCACAGACAAGUCACUGGGAAUCAUUUAGACAGAUUAACAGUUGUUCAGUCAAUUUGUCAGAUCCUCAGCUAGUUUGUCCUCAAUAGGACAAAUUAAAUUGACGAGACACGAUGACGUAUAAUGAGUCGCAAAUUAGGAAAUACGGGUGACCCAAAAAAAUAAUCAACAGCCAAGAGACAAGAAAAAACUAAUCCAAGACAAAAAACGCAACGAUAAAUAUUUACACCAAUAAUGGAGACAAAAAGCAAACGAAAAGAUUUUAACUCGUGUGCAUGCUAUAGUCACAAAUUCACAGUCCUAAUAUACUCACGUUUUAAAUAUGACCCAUACAGCCCCAUUCGUGUUUUUACUGUAAAACAUUCGACAAAGAUCCUUGUGCGAGAGUGGUACUAAGCCAAGAGAAGUGAGGGAGAAAAAGGAAAGAGCUAUGGUCGUAUGAUAACUUGCUUAUUACUAUGUUAAUAAACACUUAAUUAGCCAGACAGUCACUUAACUAGAUCCCUUUUUAGCGAGAUAGACAGUCAACCAGUCAGUCAGUGUCAGUAAGUCUGUCAAUCAGUCAGUUAGACAAACAGCCUAUCUCAGUCAUUUGGGAGGACAAUCAGCCAGUUAUAUAUGUCAGUGAACCGUUUCCUUUUUUCAUUUUUGCAUCCAUCAGAAUUUCUAUUGAUUUUAUUUAUUUAUUUGUCUAUGUAUUUAUUUUUUAGUCAGAUAAACUGUUAAAUCAUACCGCUGUUAAUUACCAACUAAUUUUCUUUUUCCUUGUCUGAAGGGAACUAUUGGAGACCUUUUGAUUAGCAACAGUGAAGAUCUCUUGUGUAAAAUGUUUGGAUAUUCAUCAUGGUAUGUAAAGUUCUUUUACGUAUUUUCCACUUUUUAUGCUACAAAGCUUUGAAAUUCUCUCAGAACUAACGUUUCUUAAUAUUUUUAUUCCGUCUGUCUCGAAGGUCACGUGUCAUUGUUGUUAUUAGCAUGCUGGAGAGGUUUUUCUUGAGUUUCUCCUUCUUCUUUCUGCUGUGCGUCGCAGAAAAAUCCUACAGAGAGGUGAGCGAAACGGGUGUAAGGUGAAAGAUUUUCAACACUUGAAAUUGUACUUCAUUUCCUUUUUUCUCUUAAAAGUAUUAACCCUUUACACCCUGAUGUCAAUAUGCGUAUUCUCCAUACUGUUUUUAUACAUUUCCUGAGGUGCUGACGGGGAGAUUUUGUUUUACUGAUCAAAAGCUUCUUUUGUUGGAAAUCAUUUCCUUAAUUCUCAUGAUCUUAAUGUGUGAUUAAGGGGUGAUAUUGUAAGGAGAAAUUAGAUGCUGGUCACUCUUAGGGUUUAAAGGGUUAAGUUGCUCUGAGGGGGCAGAGCUGAAAAGAUGCGCGCCAAGUUUAAGAUGGGUCUACAAAUGGAUUAAAAAAAUUUUCUGGGUUCGAACGCCAGCCAAUUCAUCUCAUCACAGUGUUUGAAUGGUCUAUCAGUAGAUCUACAGAGAGCUUGUUACAGAGUUUGGGUAUAUGAUUUAUCCUUAGCUUGAGACCAGGCCUUCAUUGUUAGCGCUCAAGAUUUGGGACAGGUCGGAGAGAGGUUUGCUAAGAGUCUGGAACUAAUUAUAAUCAGUGCUAGACUCGUUCCAAACCUCUCACCGGUUCGCGUUUCUAAAGGCCCCAUACUUGCGAAGAAAGACUGGUGCCGAAGAACUAAUAAUAAGUGCGUGCCCGUCGGCUAUUAUUGCAUGCUUUCAGGAUAAGUAAUUCGAAAGUGCCUUGUCUGGACAUAAAUUAGAAUGGUAGAUUUUUGCACUCGGUCCUGAAAUAAGUAAAUAUUUUGUGCAUUUCCCUGUCUACCUCGUUUGGGUUUUAUUCUGACAAUGCUGUUCCGUAUAAUGAUUCCAGCGAUGUCUGUACGCAAAGUUAUUUGGAUGGCUAACAUCGUCGCGGAAGUCUCGCCGUGCGGGGCUCCCUCACUUUCGUCUCCACAAAGUACGGAACAUAAAGACCUGGCUGUCGCUAAGAUCCCUGUUAAAGGUUAGCUAACACUCUGUAACGGUUAAGCUGCGUCAAUAAUCUACAUGAAAAAAUUACGCGCUUCUGAUUGGCUGCAUUCUCGUGUAACACGAGUGCAAACUUCAAAUGGCGCGCACACGCUUUCAAAAUUUCAUCUGUCUUGACUUUCUGUGAUGUUUUUUCAUGUCCAUUAUAAACAUGUAAUAAUUUUCUUUGAAUUCAGAGACGAGGUCCUCAGAGAUCUGUUGACAUGAUUGUGUCAUCAUCCUUUAUACUGGGCAUGGUUCUAGUAAUUCUCAUGUGUGUACAGGUGAGUCAGAGCCACGUCCUCCCUGUCUUGAAAUAUUAAAACUUUAAAGUUAGAUACAUGUACACCUUGUGUUCAUUGGAAUUUGUUCCUGUGCCUGCCAAAACGUUAUUAAAAUUCUUUUCUCUUGGCAGCUUAUAAAGGGAAAUGAAAAAGAGAGGUUUCUGUCGAUAUUAUUUAACUGGGAGGUGUCAAUAUGGUAAGUGGUCAGAGGUAGUUGUAAAUUAAUAAAUAUGUGAAUCAUUCAGACCAGCAAACAAUCAGUCAAUCCAGUCGGUGGUUCAUGAGAGAGUUGAUUAAUAAAUGUGUUACUGGGUCAUCAUUCGAGCGAUCAGUCAGCCAAUUUCUUCUAUCGAUCGCUCGGUCCAUCCCCUCAUUCAUCUGCCAUUUGAUGGAAAUCCUAGUCACUAAACAGCAUGUGUAUCAUUGGAGCUAAUCAAACAAUAUUUAUCGGUUUAUACCUUUUUUUGUAUCUAUUGAAUUAAUCAACUAGUCAGAAGUUAAUCUGCUAAACUUCACAGCUAGUCAUCCCAUCAAUCAUUCGUAAAUCCUAUCAGUUAUGUAUUUGUUUAUCAGUCGAUUAGACAGUCAUUCCGUCUGUCCGUGUGUCUGUCUGUUAGUCAGUCAAAACAGUCUGUCCUAGAAAGCCACAAAUGACCGAGGUAUCUGUAUAAUUAUCUUAUCACGCGCUUUUGAUUGGCUGAAAACGAGUGUAUUCUGAUGUAACACGAGUGCAAAGUUGUAACACGGGUGCAAAUUACAAAAAGCGUACAGGCUCGUCUGUCUUGACUCUCUGUGAUGUUUUUCAUGUACAUUAUUAACAAGUAAUAACGUGAUUUCUCUUGCAAUUUGGCGUAAUAAGCACAUGUAAAUUUUUCAAAGAAUCCAAAUUGCACGAGCCUAUACGACAAGUGCAAUUUGUAGUCUCUUUUGAAAAUAUCCUCAACCCUAUCAUUUGCUUUUCUCGGAAACUGUAAUGACUGUAGUCAAUUGGUAACAGGACUUCUUGUCGUCCAGUUCGAUAAGAAAUCGUACUCGUGAUCACGAUCAUCGAAUCGGGUCCUCGUUUCGCGGGGCCUUUCCUUAGUCAUUUAACAACUUACAUUUAAUGUGUUUAACCAAGUGAAGACUUCGUUACUUAACCAAAUUGGUACUGAUCGUACCUGGUUGUUUACUUGUUUUGCUUUAAGGUGCCUUGUUUUAUCUGUCUAUGUUCUGCGGUUCAUGACGUUAGGAUCCAAGAUCAACAGUAAAUUUACGAACACUUCGGGACUACUAACGGAGCAGGUGAGUAAAUUAUUUAAAAGUGUUCGUAUAAAGAAUAAUAAGGAUGGUAAAUUUUGAGCUCAUUAAGUGAUUGGAGACGGCUUUUUUUACGGUGUCGCAGAGACUCUUUAUGGUUAGCGAGGCUAUUACUUUUGUAACACUUGUCCUGCAUACUGCUUGGAUCAGAAAAGAUAAUAAGUGGUGUAAUAAAGUCGAAGAUUUUAAGAUAAACGAAGAUAUUUUGCCAUAGUAUUUCCCAAAGUUAUUCCAGAAUUUUUGCAGUUUUGUUAGUCUCGUAAAUCACUCAUUUAAUUGAAUAGCUAGUGAACAUAUGUCGGUAUAUUGUCGGAAAUUAAGAAACUCUUUGCACCGCUGGUGAAUUUGGCGGAUUUUAAACAUUACUGGAGUGAGAAAUGGUUAGUUACUACUCGUUUUUCCCUUUUUUUUGUGUGUCUAUACUCUUUAGAUUAAUCUUUACCUUCAAAUGGAAAAAGCUCCUCAUAAAAAAGACGAUCUGACAAUAGCUAACCAUGUGCUUAAGUUGGCCUCGAAACUACUAAAGGUAAUACUGUAUUUUGUGUCUAUUAGACCGAGAGACAGAAGGAGCUUGUUUGGAAGCUGUUUGAAGCGUAGAACUUAAUGAGAAAGAGGCGCGAGUUUUAUGAAUAAAACACGAAGCGAAGUGAAGCAAAACAAAUGCAAUCCCAGAUUACCAUCGACACUCAUUUGAAAAUUGCUUCAUUGCUCGAUGCAAGAAUCCAACGAGUAGGCGUUUGAGGCAGUUUUUUUUGUGUUAACUUCGAUCUUUUAGAGAACUUUUACUGCGAGGUAUGUCCAGAAAUGCAUAAAGUGAAAAUGGCGAAAAUUCGUCAAAAUUGUCAAAUCCGCCAAGUUGAUUUGCUCUGACGAAUUUAACUGAAAUUCGCAAAAAUCCUCAAAUCUGUUAACAUUCACUCGGUGUGACGAAAUUUCGUAAAAUCUGCCAUUUUCGUUACUGCGUGCAUUUCUGGACAUAAGUGUUUACUGCAGACAACACAAAAAGUUAUUUUUUAGUUUCAAAGCUUACGUUUCGAGCGUUAGCCCUUUGUCAGUGCGAAUGGAGGAAUUGUGAGUUGUGUGUGUGUGUGUUUAUAUGCAGAAAAUGGUGCCACGCUAUUGGUGGGAAUAUGGUGACGAGAAAGCAAGGGUACUAACGUACUAGUUGUUUGGCUUGCUUAUCAGGAAAUUGAGAGCCCAUUCAAGAUGUCUGGUUUAUCCAUGAACCCCUUGCUCUAUAACAUCACCAGGGUAGUUGUGCUGUCUUUGUUUUCUGGAGUCAUGUCAGAUCUUCUUGGAUUCAGACUAAAGGUUCGUAAAAAAGCACUG